GUUUACAGAUGGUUUUGUUCAGCUCUGCUCUCUGUGAUUCACCAUGAAGCUGUACAUGAUCAUUUCACUGUGUGCUCUGCUCACCUUCACCCAUCAGGCUCCUCCACGAGAAAAGUGUGCAUGUGAGCUGAAUAACUCAGAGAAGGCAUUCCCUCAUGAAAAACUCAGGAUAGUUGAAACCAAUGCAUCAGACUGCAACAGCAACAUCACCCCACAGAAGACUGUGGAGCUGGAGAGUCUGCUGCUGGGGUUGGAGCGUCGUCUUUCCCAGCUGAACAAAGACGUGCUGAUCCUGGAGAAGGAGGAUGACGGAGAGCUGUAUGGAGUUCUCAGCUUGUAUGUUAUAGAGAAUGAAAUGACUGAGAUCAAGCAGCUGAUUGACAAGCUCAACAGCACCACCCAGGAACAUCAGAUCCUCACUGCUAACGCCACUGAACAGCUGGAUAACCUGAAAGCAGAGAUGCAAGAGCUGGAGAAGUUCGACACCAUGCAGGUGAUAAAGGGACAGCAAGUCAACUCUGCUCUGAAGGCAGAUCUAUUCAAGUGCAACAAAAAACUGAACACUACCGUCGCACCCACCGAGCCUCCACAGGGUACCUGUCCACGCAGCCGGCUUCUUAAUGUCACUGGACCAAGGGUCUACACAGCAGGAGAAUAUCCUGGCUCGUACGCUUACGGAGCCUGGGGUCGUGAUCCCAGACCAGAGGAAGGCAAAGAGAGCUGGUACUGGCUGGUCAUGUUGACUUCCAGUAACAUAUAUGCCCACUAUGUUCGUCUUUACAGCAGUCUGAGUUCUCUCAUCAUUGGAGUGAGCGUCCCAGGUAACGUCCAGAUCCACUCCUCAAACCCAACUACCAACACCAUCCAGGGUCCAAAUAAUGUUCUGUAUGGAGGGGCUUUGUACUACAACUGUUACAACCAAGAUUAUGUUUGUCGAUUCAAUCUCACCACUAAAAGUGUCACGACCUUACAACUACCAAAAGGCACCAGGUACAACUCAAAAGGUAACUUCUGCCAUCUUGAGGAAUGCUACCCAUACACUGACCUGGACCUGGCAACAGAUGAGUCUGGUGUCUGGGUGGUCUACACCACCACUCAGGACUUUGGCAACUUGGUUCUCUCCAAGCUAGAGGAGGGUGAAACACCAGUGCUUGGAAAGACCUGGCGCACUUCAGUCUACAAGCGGGCAGUGACCAACACCUUCAUGGCGUGUGGCGUUCUCUAUGCAACACGUUACAUUAAUAGGGAAGUCGAGGAGAUCUUUUACUCAUUCAACACCGUGACGGGACAGGAGAGGUUCAACAUUGGCAUCUUCAUGAACAAGAUGUCUACCAACAUUCAAAGUCUAAACUACAGCCCUGUGGACCAGAUGCUGCAUGCUUACUGUGACUCCAGCAUGGUUUCCUACAAGGUGUUGUUUGGGUAA